AUGAGUGGGCAAAUGAAAUCUAAAAGUGGACGUGAUGCAGCACGAGCCGCCCAGAAUCCGGUUGCGAAACGAGCCGCUGAACAGUGGAUUGAACGCGGGAGACUUGAAGAUCAAGACAUCGACAAUGUGGUCGGGUAUCUACGGAAGCCUCCGGGGCAGGACUGGACAGCCGAAGAUGAGGCCGAGAUCCAAAGACAAUGGGAUGUCUCUGAAAUGAAGCAGGUUAAGGAUGAUGCCAAAUGGGGGAAUUACGCCCAGUUUGCCAAUCUCCUCAGAAUCUCGCUUCGUGUGCUUGGAGUCGCUCUACCACUCGUCAUUUCUCCCCUGUGUGCUAUGCGUUUCUUGCCAGAAGCAAGUGCGCGCGGUUGGGCAAGCAAGUAUAUCUACGCGAGGCCUUUCUGUGACGCACUCUCUUCCAUUAUCGUUCAUCCCUUUGUGGGAACAGGGGUGCAAAGGCUUGUUGCGGUCUUGAGUUACGCAAUUGUUUGUCGAACAGAUAAUCGCGAGGUCGGCCUUUUCGCAGAUCAGGGUCUUAACGAUUGUCCCGCCUUCAUGAGAGCCAUACGCUGGCUCGAGUCCUCUCGCGAGCAAGGGCCCGAUCAAUCCAGGCACCUCACUCUUGGACAAUCACUGGACCGAUCAGCCGAGAAGAGAGAGAGCGUGUCAGCAGUCACGAAGCUUUUCCAUCAUAUCGGAAGUAUAGCCUCGAGCAAAGAGUACAACAUUGCGACCCCCAGCCAAGGCUUUGAUGUUGAGCACGGCCUGCCUGUUGUCUUCCUUACUUCUGAGGACGUGAACAAUGUACGAGAAGCUAUCGACACUUUCGAUUGGCCAGAAACCUUGCGCGACAAAUACGCCUGCACCACGGCCGAAGCCUUACAAAGUUACAGGUUGACACACAAAGUCCACGAUAAGCCUGGCGCAUCAGAGCUGGGACAGUACUUCGAGCGAUGUCAUAAGGAAGUCAUGCGUGGCUGCCUGCUGGAAGCCAGGCGACGAACCGAGCCCGCGCCCAGUCCCCAAGAUGACGAGCAUGAGGAGUACCACCGUGGUGAGAACAACGAUGGUGAUAUACAGAGUGAUGAUGGUCAUCGCGAUGAUGAGAGCAACAAUGGUGCAUUUCAACAGGAUGCGACCCCUCCAGGAGCCCAAAAUGCCACGGAGGAAAGUCGACAUCAAGUCGAACAUCUGGCCGCUGAUCUUCCACAGUCAGAGGGCAAUGUUUUACAAACUCCUUCGUCAUCAUCAAGGCCAGCUACCAUGCCAGACGGAUAUCCAAUCGCUGCAGAGUUGCACAGUCUUGUACAAAAGGUACUUGAGAUGGAGACUAUGCAACAAGAGCAGGAAGCCAAGCUGCAAGAGCAGGACCUCAUGUUGCGAGACUACGCUGCAGAAGUGGAGCAGCUGCGAAGGGAUAAACAGCAACUGUCCGAAAGCCUGGAUACUCUACUGGCAAGGACUGGCGAUGCACGCGCUGAGCCCCCGUCAAUUAGCCAUGAUGAUCAUGGCAAUGAUAAGUCUGGCGAUCCUAUGGACCUUGGUUCUCAACACGGUAUGGCUUUGGAAUGA